UAUUUGACAUUGAUGUUAUUUUAAUUUUUUAUCUGUUUGAUCGUAAGGGAAUGCGUUUAACAUGGUUACCGAAGAAGACUGUUCCUGCGCUGACACGACGGAACCUUCCAAUUUAACAUCCUUGCGUUCGGAUGACGCUACCUCGGCCAUAAAUUCCGAUAUAAAUGUGAUCUGCACCGAAAUGGUCGAUAAGAGAAUCGACACUGUUGAAAAACCCAAAGAAACGGAUUGCAAGCGUUCCGAUAUAUCGCUAAUUGCAACUUACUGCAUAGCACCAGCUGAUAUCCCAUCCACAGUUCCAGGAAGACCGGAUCGACAAUCACUUCGGAAAAAAUCGAGAAGCCAACCACCUGCAAUGCAAAUUCAAUCGAGUUUCCCGUGCCUCUGUCAUAGCCAUAAAAUAAAUGGCUACGUUCUGCCUGUGAAACUCAAGGAAGAUAAACCGCAAUCGCGUCCGUUCUGGAGCCGUUUAGGCUGGAAACGGUCGAGAAACGGCAAAAAAGACAAGAUAUAUGAGAUAAAGCUAAAACAAAUACAAUGUCCUCAUUAUGCCAAGAUAUGUGUAAACGACGCGUCAAAACAGCGCAUCGACGUGUUGCAGUCACCUCAUGAAUUUCAACCUUUUAUCUCCCACAAAGAACUAUCGGAAGGGAUACCGAGUAAGAAUGCCAAGGACAUUGUCAAACCGAAACCUAAAUAUCCAAUGAAAACGAAAUUCAAGAGAGAAGAAAUAGCGGAAAAGAUCGAGAUCUAUUAUUUUGAUCAUGGAAACUCCGCAUAUUAUCGAACAACCGAUUGCCAUCCUGUACUAAUUACGGACAAAUGUGCCGAAAAGACCGAUCAGGCGGCAACUCGAUUUUGGGCGGAGAUCUUUGGCACAAUUCACAUCGGUAUCGCCUUCGUCACAGCCUUUUUUCUGCAGCUUCUACGCUUCGUGCUCUACAGCGUGAUCCGGCCGUUGACAGUGGGGAUACUUCAAUUAAUAGCGGAUUACUUUGUAAAACCACUGCUGUCUAUUCUGUUCAACGCUCUCGUGCAACCGGUAUUGAUCCUGUUCUACAAUAUUGCGACGUCAUUGAGGGAUCUCUGCGAACCGAUAGCCGAGGCGAUGGGUUUAUUCCUGAGGGAGAUCGCAAAUGUUUGCGCUGCAAUCAGGAUCGUGGAGGUGAAGCACGUUCAUGCGCCAACCACUGCUUGCACUUGA